UGGACAGGCCGUCUUUAAUGACAAACUACUGAAGCUUCUGAUUGGAUGCUGUUAAAUGACGUUGCAUGUAUAACCCCGGAAAAGCCCUUCUCAAAGUUCGGCGCGGAAACCAAGAAGUAACGAAACGAGAUGGCUGAAAACGGCUCAAAGUCUAAGCUGAAACGGAAGAGGAGUUCCGUGGAGGAGCCGAAGUCUGAACCGGGUUCCCGAGGAACCGCGGAGAGGAGCGGCGCGGCUGCGCCGUCCAGAGGCGGAGCGGCACAUCCUGACAGGUGUCGGCCGCCCGCAGCAGCGGCAGCAUGGUGGAACGUGUUGCGGCCCCCCGCUGUGGAGAGCCUGUGGGCGUUCACACUGAUGUCUGCUCUGCCGCACCUGCAGAACCAGCUCUGGGACCCGGUUCCUGAUCUUCCCCUUCCUCCUGCUGCGAGACCUGCCACACCAGAGGUAGAGGAGCAGUGGACGAUUGAUCUCUUCAGUGAUGCUCCUCCCUUCCCAGAAGACGGCCCACUCACCCCGGGACUUCCAUCAGACCCUCAGAGUGCGUCUUCUCCCCAGGAGAUUGCCCCAGUCCAGACCAGGCCUUCUGGAGAGUCACCUGACAAAGGGCCAUCGUCUGACAGCAGACAGAGUCCUGAACAGCAAGCCGAACCUCCCGGAUCCCUCAGCAGGACUCAGAACUGGGAGAAGCCAGCUCCGUCUUCAGCAGGAGAGCCGAGGGUCGGACCGUUGAGCAGACGGCUUCUAGCCGAGUCGCUGAAGGUUUCCAACCCACCGGUUUCUCCAUGUGGCGAGGAGGAGGAGAAGGUGGCGGUGGUGCAGAAUGCUAGCAAACAUGAAGUAGGAGCUCUGGAGAGCUGCCCCAUGUGUCUUCAUGUGUUCCCUUCUGGGUUCACGCAGACGGAGCAGGACGGCCACCUGGCCCAGUGUCUCUCUGAGCUGAGUGUGGACAUGACCUGGUGAGGCGACAGGAAGCUGGCGGCCGUCCCGGGGCUUCAGGCAGCCAGAUGCCCCGACACACUCCAGGACCCGGUCAGCUGGAAGAGGGCGCGGUCAAGUCAUCUACUCCACUGACGUAGACUGAACACUCGCGUACCAGAGGGUCAGAGCAGGGGGAAAGUUAGAGGGCUUUGACUUGAACUGAGAAUCUGAUGAGACUUGCCCCUCGUAGCUGUUUCUUCUUCUCUAAAUGACUUUUGAAAAGGAAACUUUGGCUACAGCCGCACCUUUCAGCUUUUUGACCCACUUACAGCUGGUUCAGGAAACAUAAUCAUCUGUAUUGAAGUCCGGGUUCAGGGAAAGCAGCUGAACAGUCCUUCAGGCCCAGCGCCUGCAGAGCUAAGGAGAUGAGGCGCUUGUUCUAUUAUUGGAUAAAUUCAAACUCAUGUUCCACAUUUCAGAUCUGUAAAACUGGAGAUUUUCAACCUCUGUUUUGCUCCUCCAUUUAGAAGAGAAAUUUAAAAGAUGUGAUUUUUGUUCUUGAACCUGUAAUUGCAGUCAUAUAAAUGUAUUUUUCCAAUUUGAUGAAACUCGGGGUGGAAUAUGUUCUUAAAAAAAAAAAGAAAUUGGGUGCACAUAUGUGCAGGGGGUCAGCUUCCAGUGUUGGGAUGGUUUUGUCACCAUGGUAACAGCCUUUAAACCCAAUCGGUACAAACCGGUGUGAAGAAAUUUUUUUGUAGCCUGUUUAUACCUUCACCUCCAUCAGAGACGGUUCAGUUGGACCUUGGAGUGGAUUUCUGUAAGAAUCGGCAUCAUUUGUCUGAAUCCACAGUUUAAUAUGAAUGUUUGAUUUAAGCCACGUUGGACGGUUGUCCAGGAUGAACGGCGAGUUCACGACCGCCAUGGAGACGACACGACCCCUCACCUCCCAAGAAAUUCAACUUUUGUCUCAUCGUUCCACAGAAUAUUUUCUGGAUGUCUUUGGGUUCGCCUUGUGAAAAAUAAAUAUGCUUAGUAUAAUAAAUAUUGAAACUGAAAAAAAAAAGGACAAAACUAGCAGAAAUAAACAAUAUUUAAAUUCCUGUCAAAGGCAAAACCACAAAUGUUUCAUGGGGUACAACCAUUUUUUUUUUAAACGUUUGUCCUGAAUUUUUUAUUUUCUUUUUUUAUCCCUUAACUGUCGCACCAAACACACUUUCAUGCAAGUCAAUAGGUGCACGAGGUCACCAUCAUCCCCAUGACGGGUUAAACAAAUCUUUCUCUUCAUUACUGAUCUGUUUCUUUAAUUUUGAGCCACUUCUGCAGACACCUUGGAAUUAGCAUGUUGUGAGCUUUGCACGUCGUCAUUGCCAUUCUGCGCUUGACUAAAUUAUAAGGUUUUGAAGUAUGCAAUGCAAGAAAUAAGUUUAGUUGGAUGAAAACAUUUAUAUUUCAUGUAGCUUUCUUCUGAAGCAUGUAGAUAGGUUUUCUUUUCAUUUCAUAAGAGUCUCCCCAGGUCUCUACACGGUAAUUUAUGUAUGGAAAUAUUUACUAUCGCAAUAGUUUUCAUGGUCAAUAUGAGUCUUCUAAAACAAUAAUAUUUUCAUUGAAAAAUAUUAUUUCAUUGAAGUUUUCUAUUCCUAUGCUGUUUAACAUUGUUGUUUUGUUUUUUUAUUUGCUUGUUGCUAAAUUGUAGAAAUUUUGCUCUGCCAUAAUUUGUAAUUAUCCUUCCAUUGUACAUAGAAGCUGCCUAACACUCAAUAUUAAUGUGGUGUGAACACAUGAAGUAAACGUUAACAACUUUA